AUGUCCCGUGGGGCGGCCGAGGGGGCCCCCGCGCCCCCCGGCCCCCCCCCAGCGCCGCCCCCCGGGCGCCCCACGGUCUACGUCCUGCUGGAGGGGCCUAGCGCCCCUGACACCCUCCGGCUGCUCAGCCUGAGCUCCGUGCUGCCUGAGUCGGGGAUCGUGGCCGACAUCGAGUGGGAGCCAUCUGGCGGGGGGACCCCCGGGGACACCCCCAGUGACCCCCCCCGGGGGGACCCCCCCGGAGACCCCCCCGGGACCCCCGCAGACGCCCCCGGCACCUUCUACUGCCUGAAGAGUCAGCCCCUGCCCGACAGGUACCUGUGACCCCCCCAGCAACCCCCGGCCCCUCGGCCCCCCACUGCCCCCCCCCCCGCUGCCCCCCCCUCCUCCCGGGUGCUGCUGCGGCAGCAGCUGAUGCGGGCGCAGGCGCAGGAGCAGGAGCAGAGGGAGAGGAGGGGCCCCCCUGGCCCCCCCCCCGGCCCCGGCCCCUCACCCGCCAUCGCCGUUGGUGCCCCCCCACCCCGGGCGCCCCCCCACGUGCCCCCCGAGGUGCUCAAGGUGCAGACCCACCUGGAGAACCCCACGCGCUACCACCUGCGGGCAGCCCAGCGGCAGCAGGUCCGGCAGUACCUCACCUCCGCCCUGGGCCGGGGCCCCCCCAGCCCCCCGGGGCCCCCCCCGGCCCCCCCCCACCCCCCACAGCCCCUUGCACUGCUCCACAUUGGGCCUGGCUCUGAAAAGGAGAUCGAUGAUGUCAUCGAUGAGAUCAUCAGCCUGGAAUCCAGCUAUGACGAGCUGCUCAGCUUCGGUCCGGCCGAGGGCGGUCUCCAGCUCCCGAACACGCUGCCUGCCCCUGGGCCCCUCCUGGAGGUGUUCAGCCCCCCCCAGGGGGGCAGCAGCUCCUGCCCCGCCGAGCUGCCCCGUGUCAAGGCUGAGCUCUCAGAAACAGAGGCAAAGGCACUGCUGAAGGAGCGGCAAAAGAAGGACAACCACAACCUGAUUGAGCGGCGCCGACGGUUCAACAUUAACGACCGCAUCAAGGAGCUAGGGACCCUCAUCCCCAAAUCCAAUGACCCGGAGAUGCGCUGGAACAAGGGCACCAUCCUGAAAGCCUCAGUGGAUUACAUCCGCAAGCUGCAGAAGGAGACACAGCGCUCCCGAGAGCUCGAGCUGCACCAGCAGCGCCUGGAGCAGGCGAACCGCAGCCUCCAGCUCCGCGUCCAGGAGCUGGAGCUGCAGGCGCAGCUGCACGGGCUCCCCCUGAGCCCUCCGGCAGCCCCAGCGGCUGAGGGGGGCUGCGAGGAGGCCCCCGGGGGCCCCCCCUUCCCCCCGGGGGGCCCCCCCACUCCCCAGUGCCUCCUGGACCUGGCGCUGGCUGAGGACCUGCCCCCAGGGCUGGGCCUGCCCCUGGGCCUGGGGGGGCCUGAGGGGAGCUUGGAUGACAUCCUGAUGGAUGACAGCGGGGGACUGUCACCCCUCGGCCCCCCCGGCGCCCUCCUCGCCUCCCCGGGGCCCUCCCGCGCCUCCAGCCCCCGCAGCAGCCUCAGCAUGGAGGACGACCCCUGA